UUUCUGAGCUCCUCCUGAGCUUUCAUUCAUGGACAAUCGCGCUCAUGGAUCUUCUCUGCAACGCCUACUCCAACUCAUCUGAUGAAGAACCCGAACCCGAACCCGGACCUCAACCCAGUCCGGUUCUCAGACCUCAAUUCAGAGCAGAGUAUAGAACCGUCGCCGUCCCUCCUUCGAAGCGACCCAAACCCGAUAGUUUUCAAAGUGAAGCUCCAAUUCCCGGUAGAUACCUAUCCAAGCGAGAGCGAGGUCUCCUUGCUCAAGCACAAGCAGCUCCUGCCUCCGCUCGCCUAGACCAGAAUCUUAAUCUACCUCCUCCCACUUCACCUGUUUGGGGAAGUAUUGCAGAUUCAGCUUUACCUCGUAAUAUUUUGUUAUCCUUGAAACGAGCAAGGGGCCGUGCACAGCAAGGCCAAAUAUCUGAAAGGUUGUUUACAGCUCUGCAUAGCCACACAAAGCCUGUCAAUGCUCUCAGUUGGUCACAGAGUCAUGCUCAUCUUCUUGCCUCUGCUGGGAUGGAUCACACCAUAUGCAUAUGGAAUGUAUGGAGCCAAGAGCAGAAAAUAGCACAAACAUUUGAGUUCCACAAUGCUGCUGUGAAAGAUGUGAAGUGGUCUCGGCAUGGAUUAUCAGUGCUUUCUUGCGGAUAUGACUGCUCAUCAAGGUUGAUUGAUGUUGAAAAGGGAGUAGAAACUCAGAUUUUCAAGGAAGAUCAGGUUGUUGGAGUUAUCAAGUUCCAUCCAGACAACUCCAAUCUCUUCCUUUCUGGAGGAUCAAAGGGCCGCAUCAAACUAUGGGACAUUAGAACUGGAAAGGAGGUCCAUGAGUACAUAAGAGAUCUAGGUCCAAUACUUGAUGUUGAGUUUACCAUUAAUGGCAAGCAUUUUAUUUCAUCUAGUGAUGUCAGUGGGGGCAAUGUUAGUGAAAAUUCAAUUAUUGUUUGGGAUGUAUCCCGACAGGUUCCACUAUCCAACCAGGUUUAUGUGGAAGCCUAUACGUGUCCCUGUGUAAGAUGCCACCCAUUUGAUCCUUGUUUUGUUGCCCAGUCAAAUGGAAAUUAUAUUGCAAUCUUCUCUACAAAUCCCCCAUUCAAGCUAGACAAGUAUAAAAGGUAUGAAAGCCAUGGGGUAUCAGGGUUCCCCAUUAAGUGCAACUUCAGCUCAGAUGGUGAGAAGCUUGUUUCUGGCUCCUCAGACGGUUCCAUAUAUUUCUACAGCUAUAGAUCAUCAGAUAUUAUCAAGAAAAUCAAGGCAUAUGAGCAGGCCUGCAUUGAUGUUGCUUUCCACCCUAUAAUGCCUAAUGUAAUUGCUUCUUGUGGUUGGAAUGGAGAGGUUUCUGUAUUUGAGUGAGAGGAGAGCUUACUUUCACUUUAUUUAUGGGCAUUGUUGGCUGCUGGAAAGCUUAGCCAAACAAACAAAAUUGUAAGAAAAACUUUAGAAAGCAGGUGUCGUACAUUUAUGUUUUUGAAAGUGAAAAGAAAUGGGUGAAAUGUGCUAAGCCAUGUUUGCUCACUUUAUCAUUGAGAAUGCAAAUAUCCUAGUAUUUUGCUUCA